AUGGGUGGAGGCAACCAGAGUGGAGCCUCUGAGUUCCUGCUCCUGGGGAUCUCCGAGAGCCCUGAAGACCAGCGGGUCCUGUUCUGCAUGUUCCUGUCCAUGUACCUGGUCACGGUGGUGGGAAAUGUGCUCAUCAUCUUGGCCAUCAGUUUUGAUUCCCGCCUGCACACUCCCAUGUACUUCUUUCUGGCCAAUCUCUCCUUCACUGACCUCUUCUUUGUCACCAACACAGUCCCCAAGAUGCUGGUGAACCUUCAGUCCCAGAACAAAGCCAUCUCCUACGUGGGAUGUCUGACACAGCUCUACUUCCUGGUCUCCUUGGUGGCCCUGGACAACCUCAUCCUGGCCACAAUGGCAUAUGACCGCUUUGUGGCUAUCUGCCGCCCUCUCCACUAUGCCACAGCCAUGAGCCCCAGCCUCUGUAUUUUGUUCCUGACCUUAUGUUGGGUGUUCUCUGCUCUCUAUGGCCUCAUCCACACCCUCCUUAUGUCCAAAGUAAUCUUCUGUGGGUCCCGGAAGAUCCACUACAUCUUCUGUGAGAUGUAUGUCCUGCUGAGGCUCGCGUGUUCCAACACUCAGAUCAAUCACACAGUGCUGAUUGCCACGGGAUCCUUCAUCUUCUACCCCUUUGGGUUCAUGAUCAUGUCCUAUGUUUGGAUUGUCAGAGCCAUCCUUCAAAUACCAUCCGCCUCCAGCAAGUACAAAGCCUUCUCCACCUGUGCCUCCCAUUUGGCUGUAGUCAUUCUCUUCUAUGGGACACUUUGUAUGGUAUAUUUGAAGCCCCUGCACACCUAUUCUAUGAAAGACUCAGUGGCCACAGUGAUGUAUGCUGUGGUCACCCCCAUGAUGAACCCUUUUAUCUACAGCCUGAGGAACAAGGACAUGCAUGGGGCUCUGGGAAGACUUUUCCUAGGGAAAGCCUUUCAGAGAUUCACAUGA